AUGCCGCAGGUGGGCUUUCUGACGGUGAUGGAGCGCGCGCGCCACUGCGAGGUGGGGGCGUGUCUGAAGAGCCCCCGCCAGCCGGUGUGGCUGCUGGCCAGCGAGACGCACCUCACCGUGCUCUUCUCCGCCGAGAGGCGCCUCGCCGGGGACUGGGCGCCCACAGAACAGGCGCGCCGGGUCUUCCGGCAGUUCGACGCCGACGGCGGCGGCUUCGUGCCCAGAGCUCUGCUGCCCGAUGUGCUCGCCGCCCUAGGCAUGACGGCGGACGGAGACUUCACGGACGUGCUGUGCGAGCAGCUGGACCCGGACGGGUGCGGCGUGGUGCUGGAGUCUGCCUUCCUGCGCGAGCUGUGUCCGCCCUCGGAUCCGCUGCCCCCCUCCUUCAUCCUGUACCACUACAACGGGCUGUCCGGCUCCGCGCCCGACGGCAAGGUGGUGUACCGCGUGGCGCAGGCGUUUCUGGAGGACGAGCAGGACGCGCGCAGCUACGAGGAGCGGCCGCCCGUCGACAUCCUGGGCUGCCUGCAGACCAAGUGGCCCGCCAUCCGCCUGCGCUGGCUCGCCGGCGCCCCGCCCUCGCUCAACUAG